UAACGGCAAAUAUAGUAAAAAAAGAUGCAACAUGGGACUAUCUUGAGGAAAAUAAAUUGUAUUUUCAAAAGCAUAUUUCAAUUAAUGAUGAUUCUUUACAUGCAAAAUUCACGUAUGUCUUGAUCGAGAUACUUCAAGCCUGUUAUUUUUACAAGUUAAAAGAUGAUAAUAAGGUGGUAAAGAAAUAUGAAAAGAUCAUGAAGGAGAUUGAUGAUGCUCAAGACAAAGACCAAUUUGUAAUCGAUCUUUCGUUAAAAUAUAGUCAAUAUCAGUUCAAACCGCAUCUUUAUGCGGAUUAUCCUAG